CUGAUUUUCUUUUUGCAGAAUCUCGAGCUUGACUUCCAUCUCAUCUCUAUUGUUCAUCUCCAUCUCUACUGCGGUGAUGAAAUGACCUGUUGUUAAGCAAACUGAAUAUAAUUGUUCAACUGAAUUAAAGCCACAAAAAUGGAGUUCACUUAGAUUAUCUCGUUAAAAUAGACGUGCAAGUCUACCUAAUGUUAGCUUGCUACAAAACCUAUUUCUGCAAUGAUCUGACACUAGCUGGAACAGUUCCUUCUGCCUUCUGACUGAUGCUCUGAUGCUCUGAUGAAUUCACCGUCACAGCUGAGACCUGCAAACUUCUAAAGCAUCAAGGCAAAGAUGAUGUCAUCAAUCUGAAGGUUCCAUUUGCUGAUGUCAGCGAAUGCAUCAGCUGACAGGAAGUGUUAUGUGGAUGACAAAGUGUCCAAAGUGGCCUGGCUCAAUCGAUCCAACAUCAUCUAUGCCGGCCAGGACAAGUGGUCUCUGGACCCCAGAGUAGAUCUGGUGACUAAAGGACAGCUCGAGUACAGCCUGCGCAUACAGAAGGUGGAUGUUUAUGAUGAGGGGUCGUACACCUGCUCCAUACAGACGAAGCAGCAGCCCAAGACCUCACAGGUCUACCUCAUUGUACAAGAAUGA